GGCGAGUCCGUCUCUCCUCGAAUGAAAGGAAACAACCUCCGGCGACACAGCCCCGCUCCCAGCGCUGCCGGGGAACCCAGCCCGACUGCUUUCUCUUCCCCCUCCGCGGCGCUGCUCGCCUACCGUUCGCUUCUGGGCCCCACCGAGGUUCUUGAGGCUUAAAGUGGCAUUCUAAAGGCAAUUUAAAAAUCAUGUCCAGCUCAGCUGAACAGAAAAAAGGGCCCACAAGACAGCGCAAAUGUGGCUUUUGUAAGUCAAAUAGAGACAAGGAAUGUGGACAGUUGCUGAUAUCCGAAAACCAGAAGGUGGCAGCACAUCACAAGUGCAUGCUCUUUUCAUCCGCUUUGGUAUCUUCACACUCUGAUAAUGAAAGUCUUGGUGGAUUUUCUAUUGAAGAUGUCCAAAAGGAAAUUAAAAGAGGCACGAAGCUGAUGUGUUCUUUGUGCCACUGUCCCGGGGCAACGAUCGGUUGUGAUGUGAAAACCUGUCACAGGACAUACCACUACCACUGUGCAUUGCAUGAUAAAGCUCAGAUUCGAGAGAAGCCUUCCCAAGGAAUUUACAUGGUUUAUUGCCGAAAACACAAGAAAACCGCACAUAAUUCUGAAGCAGCCGAUUUGGAAGAAAGUUUCAACGAGCAUGAACUGGAUCCCGCGUCACCGAAGAGUAGAAAGAAAAGCCGCAAAGGACGACCCCGAAAAACCAAUUUCAAAGGGCUGAUGGAAGACAGCCGUUCCACGUCUUCCCAUGGCACGGACGAGACGGAGAGCAGUUCCUAUAGAGAUAGGUCUCCACACAGAAGCAGCCCAAAUGACACCAGACCAAAGUGUGGGUUUUGUCACGUAGGAGAGGAAGAGAACGAAGCCAGAGGAAAACUGCAUAUAUUUAACGCCAAGAAGGCAGCUGCGCAUUAUAAGUGCAUGUUAUUUUCUUCUGGUACAGUCCAGCUCACAACAACAUCAAGAGCAGAAUUUGGAGAUUUUGAUAUUAAAACUGUGCUUCAGGAGAUUAAGCGGGGAAAAAGAAUGAAAUGUACACUCUGCAGUCAGCCCGGUGCUACCAUCGGAUGUGAAAUAAAAGCUUGUGUCAAGACUUACCAUUACCACUGUGGCGUUCAAGACAAAGCUAAGUACAUUGAAAACAUGUCACGAGGGAUUUACAAGCUGUAUUGUAAGAAUCAUAGUGGGAACGACGAGCGAGAUGAGGAAGACGAGGAACGAGAGAACAAAAGUCGAGGAAAAUUAGAAACUGAUCAGCAGCAACUAAACCAACAACAACUUAAUGGAAACUAGGUUCAUGGGACAGAGUUAGAAAACUGGGAAUGACUUUGACAUCCAUAACUACUAUUCUUUUUUUUUCCACUGUUUUCUAAACUCCAAAAAGGGUUUGUAACUUUUUACUGCCCAGCUCUUAGAUCCUUCAUUGAACUGCCUGAAACCGUCUCCCGUCACUAGAUGGCAGAGUUUGACGUGUCAAUAUUACAUAGCUGUAGUUUGCAGUUUCUGGGAAGCAAUUGAAACACUAUUAAUCCUGUGUAUAGUGUCAACCCUUCAAGGAGACGUUGAAAUGAACUAAGCUCUAUUUUGGGACUGAACAAACUUGUGCUGUUUAGCGUGUCUGAGUUUGUGUCGUGGAUUCGGUCCCAAAGGAACGCAGACACGAUUUCCACGUGACAGUGCAAACAUGCCUCAUGACAAGGCAUGGGGAUUGGUGAUGUUCUUCCUUUUUUUUAUUUUUAUUUGUCCUUCUUCUUCCCACACUCAAGUCAAGGAGGCCAGACAUGAAGAGAACCUUCUUCUUUUUUUCCCCUUCCUUGGU